AUGGGUUUUUGCUGGAGCGGGGAGUGUGGCAACAGGCCUUGCUGGGCAGGCCAUUAUAUGCCCUGCCAUGCUGAGUGGGUGGGCCCCACUGUGCUGCUCUGCAUCUAUGGUUUCUGCUCCAUGAUGAGGCCUAUAGAGCCUUUCUUGACAGAGUUUCUCACAGGAGGAACGUACAAGAAUCUCACCAGCGAGCAGGUGACUAGACAGGUGUAUCCUGUGUGGACAUACUCCAGCCUGUUUCUCCUCAUCCCAGUCCUCCUGGUGACAGACUACCUCAGGUACAAGCCUGUAAUCAUCCUCCAGGGGUUCAGCUAUGUCACAGCCUUUCUGCUGAUACUCUUUGGCUCGGGGGUCCACUCGGCUCAGUUGGCCUUCUUCGUCUACAGCAUUUCCAUGGCAGCGGAUGUGGCCUAUUUCUCCUACAUUUACAGUGUGGUGCAGCCACGCUACUAUCAGAGAGUGACCGGUUAUGUCAAAGGGGCCAUACUUCUGGGCUUCUCUAUGGGCGCUCUGCUGGCUCAACUGCUGGUGUCUCUGGGUGUGUCCUUGUAUUGUUUGGCUUUCAUUACUGUCAUCUCCCUCUCCGUAGCACUCAUAACUUCCUUUUUCUUGCCCAUGCCUAAGACUAGUUUAUUUCUUAAGGAAACAUAUUCUGUACAACAGGGCAUGUCAGGUGAAGACAGUCACGACUCUGAAAGCCAAGACGUCUACGUAUGGGUGAAGAGCGUGACGGCUGCCAAGCAUGUCGGGAGAAUGUUCAGAAGGCUCGCACUGGACUGUAAGAAAUGUUAUUCCUCUGUGGCUGUGCUCUUCUUCUGCACAUGGGCUGCUUUAGGGAAAUGUGGCUUUUACCAAGUGGUCCAGUACGUCCAGUUCGUCUGGGUUCAUAUACAGCCCCACAACUUCACAGCCUACAAUGGAGCAGUGGACGGCCUCAGCACGUUGUCAGGGGCUGCAGCCACUGUUGCCGUGGGACACAUGUCUCUGGAGUGGUCUCUGUGGGGGGAGCUGGUCCUGGGGGGUUUCACCAUUCUGAUCGCUGGGGCGUUAUUCCUUAUGGAUCUGACUGACAACAUCUGGAUCAGCUACAUAUUCUUCUUCCUCUUCAAAUCAGUUUACAUGCAGCUCAGCACCAUCUGCACUUUUCAGAUAGCCAAGAUGCUGAACAGAGAGCGCUAUGCGUUGGUACUGGGUCUGAACAGUUUUGUGGGCACAGUCCUCCAGAGUGUCCUCACUGCUGUUGUCAUCAACACUCUGCAGCUCACCUUAACCUCCCAGUUCCUUAUCUACGCCUCGUACUUUGUUGCCAUUUCUCUGCUGUUCACAGUCAGAGGUGUGUAUACUGUGAUCAGCAUGAAGCGUGCUGCUGGAGCCAACCAGGAAGAGAGAGACGCCCACCUGCCGGAGGUGUCAACUCUAUGA